AUGUCCAGGCCUUCUUUUAAUCAACUGCCGCUCCGCAAAGGCGACCCUCCCUACUCUGCUUGGGGAUUGUAUAGAUUAGACGACCAACUCGGAACUCUCAAUCUUCUGAUACCGGAAGCGGUGAAAGAAGCAAUCAGCGAAGUCAAGAUGGGCAUCAGAAUCAGAUUCGAUAAUCCCGUCGCAAUGGGAUGGCUUUCGACACUACGGGAUCAAAAAGAAAAGAGGUUGUACAACGGUGUUACCGCGAAGGAGAUCUCGGGACCAAAUGCCACUUCGACCCUAGUCAUGCACUAUGAGAUCAAGCAAGGCGAUAUCCUCAUCAUGCGCUCUGGUUUCAAUGUGGAAUGGAGCAAAGCCAAGCCGACGAGAUGGGUAGGGCUAGAAGCGUCCCUUGGGAUGGCACGCUUGCUUUGGGAUAGCGGAUUUAGUGCUGCUGCUGGAGAUGCACCGGGCUUUGAGAGGUUCCCCUUCGGAGGUGAAUUUGAGGGAGAGAAGCUGAAUCUUCAUGAAAUUUUGCUUAGUGGGUGGAGUAUGCUGAUUGAUGAGAUGUUUAAUGUUGAGGACUUAAGUGACGAAUAUGAUCGACAAGGGCGGUAUUCCCUUUUCUUGACCAGUAUGCCAAUGCAUGUUCCAGGGCUUGUUGGGAUUCCACCACAUGCUAUUACUAUAUUUUAG